AUGCGAAGAAUAGACACUCCUAAAUACUGGGGCCCCGACCGCCUCGGGGCUUUCAAAUUAGCCUCUGUUUUUCACGUGAGCGGCCAGUUAGCAUCCAGAAAGACGCCGCAGGGCGGUGCGAUAACAUCGUCACAGUUCAUGACGAAUGGGUCAUACUGCGUGAAAGGACUGAUGGUCAAAGCAGCAACCCCGAAAAUGGAUAAGAACGGUUACUUUUCCUACGUUUCUUCCACCGCAAAGAAGAAAAAAAUAAGCUUGAUGCAACCUCGACCUCCACGGAUGGCUUUUGAGGAAAAGCGUAGACCAGGGGUGGCUGAAAGGGUCGACAGUUCGGCUGUAAACGCCGGAGAACACAGACGUGUGGAGGCUAUGUCGCACCGUGUUUUGACAGAUGCGCCACGCGCGCGUUUGUUUACGCAACUCGAAAGUUAUCAACCAAGAUACCAUACGAUACGUGAAAAUAGUGAUAGAAAAGUGGAAAGUGAGUGCAAAAGAAGAAGGAAUGAGCAGAGAAAAGGACAUCAGAGUACAGUCAGGUAG